CUGAAUGAAGCAAUAAGGCCGAGACAGCCACGAGGUGAUGGAAGGCUCCAUGGGGCUCCGGGGGCUGCUGUGGGUAUGUCUGGUGUCCCUCCUUGCCUUCCAGGCCAUGCCCACUUGGGGCUCACCUCCAGGCAGGCCCAAAGACAGCAAGAAGCGACAGGCCGUGGACGCAACUGUCGAUGACGUGGUUAUCCGGAACUUGAGAGUCAGCUGCAAGGUCACUUCCCGCUUUGCUCACUAUGUCAUCACCAGCCAAGUGGUCAACAGUGCCAAUGAAGCCAAAGAAGUGUCCUUCGACGUGGAGAUCCCCAAGACAGCCUUCAUCAGUGAUUUUGCCGUCAAAGCAGAUGGAAUUACAUUUCCCGGGGACAUAAAGGAUAAAGUGAUUGCAUGGAAGCAGUACCGGAAAGCGGCCAUCUCAGGAGAGACUGCUGGUCUUGUCAGGGCCUCCGGGAGAACAAUGGAGCAAUUCACCAUCCACAUCAUCCUCGCUCCCGGGAGCGAGGCCGUGUUCACCCUGACCUACGAGGAGGUGCUGAGACGCAACCUGAUGCAGUACGACAUUGUCAUUCAAGUCAAGCCCAAGCAGCUGGUGCAUAAUUUUGAGAUCAACGUGGACAUCUUUGAGCCUCAGGGGAUCAGCAAGCUGGACGCCCGGGCCUCCUUCCUUCCCAAGGAAAUGGCCACCCAAUUCAUCAAGAAGUCCUUCUCAGGGAAAAAGGGUCACGUGCUUUUCCGCCCCACCAUGAGCCAGCAGCAAUCCUGCCCCACCUGCUCUGCAUCCUUGCUGAACGGGGACUUCAAAGUGACCUAUGAUGUCAAUCGUGACAAGCCCUGUGACCUCCUGGUGGCCAAUAACUACUUUGCUCAAUUCUUCGCCCCCAAAAACUUGACAAAUAUGAACAAGAACCUGGUUUUUGUGAUUGACAUCAGCUCCUCCAUGGAAGGGCAGAAAGUGAAGCAGACCAAGGAGGCACUCCUUAAGAUCCUGGGAGAUAUGCGGCCGGGUGACUACUUCGACCUGGUCCUCUUCGGGUCUGCAGUGCAGGUGUGGAGGGGCUCGCUGGUGCAAGCGUCUGCAGCCAACUUACAAGCAGCCCAGGAUUUUGUGCGGCACUUCUCCCUGGCUGGAGCCACAAACCUGAAUGGAGGUUUGCUUCGGGGAAUCGAGAUCUUGAACAAUGCUCAGCGCAGCCUGCCGGAACUCAAAGACAAUGCCCCGAUUCUCAUCAUGCUGACCGAUGGGGAGCCUACGGAGGGGGUGACAGACCGUCCCCAAAUCCUCAAGAACGUCCGCGACGCCAUCCGGGGCCAGUUUCCACUCUACAACCUGGGCUUCGGCUACAAUGUGGACUUCAGCUUCCUGAAUGUCAUGUCCAUGGAGAACAACGGACGGGCCAAGAGGAUCUUCGAGGACCACGAUGCCACCCAGCAGCUGCAGGGCUUCUACAGCCAGGUAGCCAACCCCCUGCUGACGGACGUGGAGCUGCACUACCCACCAGACUCCGUCUUGGCUGUGACCCAGAACCGCCACAAGCAAUACUACGAGGGCUCAGAGAUCACGGUGGCCGGACGCAUCGCCGACAACAAACUUAGCAGCUUCAAGGCUGACGUGCUGGCCCGUGGGGAUGGUCAAGAAUUCAAGACCACCUGCCUGGUAGAUGAAGAAGAGAUGAAGAAACUUCUCCGAGAGCGGGGCCACAUGCUGGAGAACCACGUUGAGCGCCUCUGGGCCUACCUCACCAUCCAGGAGCUGCUGGCCAAGCGCAUGAAGCUGGAUGGGGAACAGAGAGACGACAUCUCUGCAGAGGCCUUGAAAAUGUCACUGGCCUAUCAGUUCGUGACCCCACUGACCUCCAUGACCAUCAGGGGCAUGAAGGAUGAGGAGGGCCUAGAGCCUGUCAUCGACAAGCCCCUGGAAGAUUCUUAUCCUCUGGAAUUCCAGGGACCCAGAAAGACAUUCAUGCUGUCUGCCUCUCAUCCCACUCCCACCGACCCUAGCCGCAUUGACAAGAAGUUGACAGGCCAAGUGACGUAUGUGGACACUGAUCCCCACUUCAUCAUCCACGUGCCCCAGAAAGACGAUGCCCUCUGCUUCAAUAUCAAUGAGGAACCUGGUGUGGUCUUGAGUCUGGUGCAGGAUCUCGUCACAGGUUUCUUUGUGAAUGGUCAGCUGAUUAGCAGUCGGUCCUGGAGCCCAGGGCAGCCAGAGAGCACGUACUUCGGGAGACUGGGGAUUGCAAACCCUAUAACAGGCUUUCAGCUGGAAGUUACUCCUCAGAACAUUACGCUGAACCCCAGCUCUAGAGGGCUUGUGUUCUCCUGGAGAGACCAGGCUUCGCUGCGGCAGGAUGGGGUGGUGGUGACCAUCAACAGGAAGAGGAACCUGGUGGUGUCCGUGGAGGACGGGGGCAUCUUCGAGGUCGUCCUGCACCGGGUGUGGAAGGGGAAUGCCACCCACCAGGGCUUCCUGGGCUUCUAUGUGCUAGACAGUCACCGGAUGUCAGCGCAGACACACGGGCUGCUGGGACAGUUCUUCCAUCCCUUUGACUAUGAAGUCUCCAACAUCCACCCAGGCUCCGACCCCACGAAGCCAGAUGCCACCAUGCUGGUGAAGAACCACCGACUGACGGUCACCAGGGGCUUACAAAAGGACUACAGCAAGGACCCCAGGCACGGGGCUGAGGUGACCUGCUGGUUCGUCCACAACAAUGGCGCUGGGCUGAUAGAUGGUGUUCACACGGAUUAUAUCGUCCCUGACAUCUUCUGAGCUCUCCCAGUGCUACACUCGUCCUCCUUGGGGUCCAUUGGCGGAGGGGAAGGAUAGCGUCUUGAUCUGCUGCCUAGGCCACACCUCCUUGAUCUCCGUGUAAAACAUCCAUGACUUCCAUUAAACAGAGGCUGUGUCCAA